AUGGCCCUUCUCAACCCGACGUUUCUACUUGGUGUGCUCGUUCUGCUGUACCUCUCGUCGUUUGUACUGUUCGCGGUUGUUCGAAUCCUCACCGGCGUCUCCAUCCAACGCAUUGGAUAUUUGUCUCUACGCCGACUAGCAUAUACCCCUCGAGAUGGAUGCAGAGUAGAGAUUAGGGGGCUGGGCCUCAACAUACACCGUCCCACCUUCGCCCAGCCAACUUGGAUAAGUCUCGUGUUAAACGAACUUGUAGUGACAAUCGACAUACGCGAGCUCCAUGGCCACAAGACUGCCAGAAAAGAAGCAGGCGGCGAUGACGAAAAAUCCGAAAACGAAGCCCCUCCCGUUGAACCAGUGCCGCCGCCCAAAUCGCAACCCCCACCGAGAAAUGGCAAGCCUGAAUCUCGAAGCGAAACGUGGGAAAAGCUUGCCAAGCUGAAGGAGAGAAUAAAAAAGCUGCAUACGAAUAUUCGGUGGCUGCGAAUGAUUGAUGUGGUGGCUACCAACUCGACUAUUAAUAUUGUGGAUGUAGGUAGCAUCCAGGUUGGAAGCUUUACCGUGGCUGUGGACACGAGGCGGAAGAUUGUUGAUCACGCUCGACUCUUCAAAUUUCACGCCAGGAAAAAGGAUCAGCGACAAGCCGAGUGGAUUAUAUCCCUUCGCAGCGUCCUUUUCACCGCCGAGGGCAGCGAGUCGCUUGAAGUUCUGGACCACUGCUUACUCAAUGUUCAUGGAUUCUUGUACGAGUCGAGACAGGGCCUUCGCGAUGCAACCAUUUCCCUGAAACUCGGUCGGGUUCAUGUGCCCUACGACGACUUGCAUAUCUGCUCACGUCGAUUUAAGGAAUGCCGAAGAGGACCACAAGUCGUUGACUUGGACGAACCCGUGGAUAUCGUCCUCGAGAAUGUCCCUGAAGAGGUGGAUGAGACGGGUGCUCACAAGGAUGAACUGAUGAAAUCUGUAGCCGAUUCGAGAGAAUUUGUCAGCUCAAUCCUUCGGGGCAUCAAGGAGGUCCAAUUUGCCGUCAGCUAUGUUGGCAUGACCAAGAAGAUCGAAUCUGUCAAGCCUGAAGGGUCACCGAUGCUGCUCAACGCGUCUAUGAAGGAAAUCGGCAUCGACUUGCACCGCCUGGAUCCGAAAUCACCUGCUCAUCGGAUGUACUUUUCGCCAAAAGAUAUUGCUCAUGAAGCUCUGGCAGCCGCACUCUCCCUCUCCGUAGGAAUUGACGAUGGACACGGCAAUCCCCAACGACUCCUAUACAUACCUAUGACUACCACCACCGUCAGAACUACCCUCCCAUCGAAAACGAUCCAAUUGGCUCAGGAAGGAGUCAUUGGAGAAAAGAAUGCCAAUAUCCUAUUUGCCAACUCAGUCAUCACCUCACCGUCAGUGGAUCUGGAUCCCGCGCAUCUCCCUCUUCUUAUUGCCAUGAUGCAACCCAAACCAAAGGCACCCAAAACCUCUCGCGUAAGAAAACACAGCGUCAUCUCUAGACUCCUUCCAAAGGCAAACAUAAAAUUUUCAAUGCAUGAGCCUGUUCUUCGCAUGAAGCUCAAGCCGUUGCAGGACACCGAGGACCCAGAUGAUUUCGAUCUCAUUAUUUCGUCCAUCUCCUCCGUUUCGAUGGACGUCGAGUCGUCACACUCGACCUUGGAAGACAUGCAUUACUUCCUAGAUGGCGCAAUGCGAUUGCAAUCUCACCACUUGUACUAUCAAACCUGCACAGGUGAUAGGUUCAACCUGAUUACAACAGAGUCCUUCGAUCUCAAGGCCCAUUUAGCAGCCCGGCCUGACGUUUGCGUUGAACUAACAGGGAACAUCCAAUCUUUUGGAAUUAGCAUGGUGCGACCUGAAAUAACCGACGGUCUUCGCCAGAUUGUUCGACAGCUUCGCAUCGACGUGGAGCCAGAGAAGCGAUUCAAAUCAAAGACGGCAAAGAGUAAGAAUUUCCUGCGGUCGAUGCCUGAUUGGCUGGUCAGGUACCAGAUUGAAGCCACGGACUUCAAUAUCGAAGUUGCUGGCGUGGAUGAGGAUAUCUCAGAUGAUACCAGAGGUGUUUCCGUACACUUGGACUCAUUCUCUGCGGAAUACAGAGCGCAUCGUUUGGAUGGUCUCCAGCGACGGCCAGGCAGACGGCGGACACACAGCAGGUCUAUUACGCAGUCCGAUUCGGACCUGACGCCUUCGCCCGCAUCUCCUCGAUUCAAGAAGAAACCUCAAGUCACAGGAGAUGGACGCCGACUUGCACUGCAUGCAAAGGGAAUCGAGGCCCAAAUUGUUGAGGCGUCAGAUCGUCUGGAGCUUGAACCAUUUGUCAAUGUUCCUCGACUUGAACUGGCCUUUUCGGCUACGAGUGAUAACCAUGGCCCAAUUUUCCAUGUCCAAUCUAUGAUCAAGACAGUCAUGCUGCAAUACUCUCUUUACAGACACUACUCAGUGGGCGUUGCCGUCUUGACGUUACGAAAGGCGUUCAUGCGAACCAGCCGAGAUGUGCCCCGACCUCGACAGCAAGGAACCUAUGAUGGGGACCGUCUCCAACUCCCCCGUAGCCCAGGAAUUCCUGAUGCGGACGGAUCUUCUACGAUACCACCAGAGCUAAUCACCAUUGAUGUCAAGGCAGCCUUGCUUCAAAUCAAAGCUGAGAUGCCCCACGAGCCCCUGAUGAUGUUGCGCGUUUACGGGCUCGAAACUGGACGACACCGAUGGUCCACGCCCUUUUUAUCAUCCAAGGUUAUCAGGCUUUAUGUUGAAACGCCACGCAUGCACCAAGUGUGGUCGAGGAUGAUUGGCAUCAAGCAUGGUCGAGUGGACCUCCGCGAAUCGAAGCACAAGUCACCUCAAGGUGGCUAUGUAGAAGAGAAGAUGAUAGAUGUGGCAACAGAAUCCCUUCGUAUUGCCGUACCACAUGAGGUCAUUGUGGCUCGCAUUACGGACAAUUUUAUCAAUGUCGUAAAGUCUGUUCAGCAGCUUCACCAUCGAUUCAAGACUGGCACCAACGAAUACAUUCUUGAGAAGAAGCCCGAGGGACCCAAACAUGUGCCAAAGGUCUCUAUUCGCUCGCGGAACUUCCUGUUUGAGCUCGAAGAUGGUGCGUUUGAGUGGAAACUUGGUAUAAUCUACCGCACAGGACGGGUCGAGCAGACGCAGCGACUGGCUCGUGAAGAAGCCUUCCGAGUCAAAUCUAAGAAGGUCCGCGACGAAGAAAUACGCAAGGGUGGUGGAAAACUGCGUGCUCGAUCGACAUUCCCUCGCGGCCGCGGUGAACAUCCAGCCUCGUCCUGGUUCAGGAGCAGAAGUGCGGACGCCUACAAAGCCGACGAUACUGGACACAAGAUUAAAGGCGGCACUAUGCCCAGAUAUGAUCCAGACCGAGAACACGUAGGAAUUCACGGGAACGCCAAGAUAUCUGAAGAUGAAGCGCAUACCUCUCUCCAUAGGUUCAACGCGCAAUCCUGGAGAAGGCGUAUUGAUCAAGCAUACGAGACGUCACGGCAAAGCAUGCGGGAGCUGCGGGAUAUGUUUUGGGGCCCAAAUCACUUGCCCGAUGAUGUUGAGGAGACCGAGAACAUUCUGGAGGUGCCUCAGCGCCCUGCUCUCAUGUCUGCCCUGGUGUCCGACCUCCAAUUUAUGAUCGACAAGCCGACGUUUGCUAUGAAGGAACUGCCUGAUUUUAUCCACAAAGUCGGAAAAGGAAUGCCAAAGGACAUGCUCUAUGGUCUUCUCGUGCCCAUGCACGUCGCGAUCCAAAUGGGCGAGGCUCGCAUGACGUUGCGCGACUACCCUCUGCCGCUGUUGCAUAUCCCGGGUCUCAAGACUGGUCAAUCUUCCAGAAUGCAAUCAGUAUCUCUAAAGGCCAAUUUCGUAUUAGCGGAAGAGUUCAGAGGACAUGAAUCAACAAGAAAAGUCAGAGUCAACGUUGUACCGCCUCGAAGCAGCGAUCCCAUGUCAUCCAACGAGGGGAGCUUUGCAAUCGAGGUCCGAAGAACCAUUGGACCAGUCAAGUCGUUUUCAGAAGUGUUUAUGGACAUUAACACGGCCUUGCCAACACGAAUCACUUGGGGUCCCUGCUACCAACCGGCCAUUCAAGAUAUGAUGAUGGUCAUUGAAUCAUUUACCAAACCACAAGUUGACCCAUCUGAGCGCGUCGGCUUUUGGGAUAAACUUCGUCUCAACACCCAUUCUCGUGUCCAUGUUGCCUGGAAGGGAGAUGGCGACAUGCAUCUAUCCCUCAAAGGCACUCGAGAUCCAUACCAAGUCACUGGAAACGGGGCCGGUUUCUUGAUGUGCUGGCGCAACGAUGUUAGAUGGCACAUAAACGCGGAGGAUAACCCGAAACGAUUCAUGACUGUGGACAGUGGCGAGUACGUGCUUGCAAUUCCUGACUACAGCCAUCAAGUUCGUGAAGCUGCCCGACGUCGAAAUCUGGAGCACGGACAUAUAACUGAGGACACAUUCAAAGACGGCGCCAUUUUCAAAAAGGUCGUCAUGAAGCUGUCCGGAAAAGUGCAAUGGAUGGCGGGUUUACUAUUUGAGCGCGCCAUUGAAAACGGAGAGAGGAGUUUCUCGUUCAAGCCUCAUUAUGAGGUGGUGCUGAAGAACCCCAUCUACGCAAAACCCGAUGACGAUGGCCUGCCGUAUGACGCGAUGAGAGGAUUCAGAAGUCGACAUAUACAUCUCUCAAUUGCGGUUCGUGCGCCUGUUGACCGAGACUGGAUGUCUGAAAACACAGAACCAUCUAGGAGCUACAACACUGUGCAUCUUACGCCUCGAUUCUUUACCCAUUUCUUCCAGUGGUGGGGACUCUUUGGUCAGCCCAUGUCGCUUCCUAUCCGACAAGGUAACCUCUGGCCCGGGCGAGAAAAGAGUAGCAAGAAGUUUGGAAGGCAUCUCGCGACUGUCAAAUACAACCUUCUCUUGGCUCCCUUGUUCCUCAGUCACAUCUACAAGCACAAAGAUGCGGAAGACUACGCCGAGAACGCUGUUUCCGCGACUGGUCUCAAGGUCCGCUUUGACAGUUUCAUGCUUGAUCUGCACCAAAGAAGGGAGGAGUUUAACACGCUCGCCAAAGGAAAGAAUACACAGAGCAGGACCUCGGGGAUUAAGAUUCAUGCGGCCCAACUUGACCUUGCCAAUGCCGAUGUGCGUGCGGUUUCCGCAAGUCUGAGAGGCACGACCACAGAAGCCAUCAAAAAGGGAUCCAUCUCCUCUCUCAUUACGGAUCAGGACGACAAGCCUGACUUGACACGAUUCACCAUCCCCGAUAACGAUUUUAGCUGGAUUGACAUGGAUGACUUCGUGGAACUGGACUGGAUCCUACCAACCGAACCUCACCCAGAUACCAAGAUCUUACCGCUUGCGUUCGCGCCCCGACUGACAUACUUCCGACAAACUGAUAUUGGCGGCAUCAUUGCUGGAGACCCUACAAGGACAAGCCCCUUUGGCAAUGAGCCAACACAUUUCUGCAUCAUGACGCACGAUGACGAUCCAAAGCGCGUACAAAGUCAAUUGAUUCAGGAGCGAUUGGAUCAACUGGCCAUUCAGAUGCAGACCCAUAGUCGGGACAUUGGCGAAGCAGAGUUGAAAGUGAUUCAAACUAAUGGGGACGAUCCUGAGCUUGUGGACAAUUUUGACGCGCUGAGAAAGCAUUCCGGUGUUCUAAAAGACAAGGAAAUAUUCCUGAAAACCAUGCUUGACCAGAUGCAAUGCAAGUCACGCACUAAUGGAAACGGGUAUAGAAGACCAUCAGAGCCGUCCUCAGCAUCGAGUUCCGAAGACAUUGUCAAUAUGCCGGCCACAACAGAAUUUGAAAGCGAGUUCAAGAACCGGUUCGUCAUUCACAAUUUGCAGUUGAAGUGGAACAACUUGUUGCGAAAUAUUGUGCUCCGAUACAUCCACCAAAACAGCCAACGACGUGGUUUUAUCUACUACCUGUCGCGACCUGCGGUUAAAUUCAUUCUGGAUAUUGUUGAGGAGCAAAAUAGAGCCAAGGCCAACAAAGCCACUAAGAACGGUGCCGCGCCGUCAACGACGACUGGCAGUACAUCGUCGCCAAAUCCUAGUGUGCCCGAAAAGGAUAGCGGCACCGACCUCGAGGAUCGCAUAAAGAGCAUCCUUGGAGACGGUAAACGUUUCACCAACACUAGCUUUGACAUUAAUGGUGACGUGAAUUGCGGUACGAUUGAGGACCUGGAAAGCGGCAUUGCCAAGGAAUUCAGCCCGCAGAGCAGCUACCAUGUUCGAUUGAUAGCACCGCAGAUUCAACUUCAGAGCGAGAAGAAUAAGAAGCACGUCGUUCUUGUCACUGCCAAGGGUAUGGAGCUCAAGGUUCUCGAGGUCAUGGACAAGGAACGAAUCUCUGAUUCCGUCAGCGGUCUGGUCCAGCGCCGUUUCCUCGUCAACAUGGACAGCACACAGUUCUUUGUUACCCACCAGAAAUGGUUUCUCACGAGUCUGGUUUCCAUGUAUGCGGGCAGCAAAUAUGGUACGCCAAAUGGGUCUGCUUGGCCGCCGUGGGUUCCCAUGGAGGUCAUGUUCAACUUUCAAGCCGACCCAUUCGGGUUCAAGCGAGUGGUUCAAAAGACAUCAGCCAUGCUCCGUUAUGACAAGUACAACAACUUGCGCUUGAAGUACAAUGACGAAGUCAACGAGGAUGAUGGAGAGAAUGUUGCUUCCAGCGAAAAUGUCGAAUGCCGCUCUGACAAUCUGUGGGUCGAAUUCCCACAAGCGAGAGCUCUUUGCAACAGUUCUCAGUACUACGCCAUGUACGUUAUUGUCCUGGAUCUUUUGAUGUACAGCGAACCGCUGGAGAAAACUCGCAGCGAGCGACUGGAGAAAAUUAUGCUUGCAUCGGACUUUAGUGACCUGAGUGGAACACCGCAAAUGGUCCAGAAACUUCAGGAACGCAUCAGACAACUGGAGGACAUUAAGGGUCAUUUCCAGGUCUACUCCAAGUAUCUGGACAAAAAGGGGUGGGAGGACAGACUGGCACUGGAGCGAGAUUUGGCCGCCUGCGAGGACGAACUUUUCUUCAUGAUGAAGGCCAUUACCACGUCGCAGCGCAAGUUUGAAAUCGACAGUGACACGAGUGCGUUGCUGAAGUGGAGCAUCUCGGCGCGAGAUAUCGUGUGGCAUCUCAUCCAGGACUCGACCGAGCCACUUGUUGAGCUGCAGCUCAAGGACGUCGAGUACGACCGCACUGAUAACUCUGAUGGCUCUCACAUAAACUUGAUUCGCGUUGGCAAGGUCCUGGGCCUCAAUUUACUGCAAGACGCUACGUAUCCCGAGAUCAUUGCGCCAUAUAGCGAGCACGACAAGAAUGCCAUGCCAAACACGGGCGACCAAGACAUGAUUCGCGUUUACUGGCACAUGCUGGAAGCAAUUGCAGGAAUCCCGGUCAUGGAUCGGUUCGAAGUCAAUCUCGUGCCCAUGAAGGUGCAGCUAGAGCGAGAGGCUGGCAAGCGGCUGUUUGAGUACAUCUUCCCUGGCAUGGAUGGAGACAAGGGGGCAAAGGACGAUUCACCCCUCAUGGUCAAGCACCAAGCUCCGAGCCUAGAUGACGAAGAUGUUGAUUCUGUGAACAGUUCAACUAGUCGCUUAGCGACACCAGCAUUAGACAAGGACUCGUCUGGAUUCACGACGCGGGCAGGAUCAUUGGAACUUCGCCUGCGGCCUACACUGACCUCGAACAACGGCCAAGAUGGCAGUCCGAAGAAGACGCUCAGUGUCAACAGCUCCGAGGGAGGUGGUCACGCAUUCCGACUGUUCCGCUCUGGCCACACGGGGAAGACGAUGCUCUCCAAGAAAGCGUCCCACGAAUCACUUCGAGGCGCUGGCACUCCCCGACCUGGCGUCAUUGUGCGAUCGUCUACGGGAUUCUCGUCAAAGGACAGCAAAGACUCUACGGAAACCAAGAAGGGGUCCCGUUGGCGAGGCGGAAAGACACAGGCAGAAGACAAGCAGCAAUCGGAUGACCUCACUAAGAUGAUUAACCGAGCGAGCAACUACAUGACAUUUGCAUACAUUCGGAUGCCGUCUGUGGUGCUUUGUCUGAGCUACAAGGGCAAGGAUCAGCGCAAUUUCGAAGACGUGCAUGACUUUGUCUUCCGACUCCCGACGAUUGAGUGGCAAAACAAGACAUGGUCCAACCUGGACCUGGCGCUUGCGCUCAAGAAGGCUGUGGUAAAGGCAUUAAUUUCACACACUGGAGCCAUUAUUGGGAACAAGUUCUCCAAACACCGACCCAACGCCGAGCAGCGUAGCAAGCUACGAGAAUUGGCGAAUAGCUCCGUUCUGAUCACGCCAUCGAAUUCAUCCCAACAUUACGCGGCGAGCAUCAACGAUAGCGACGACUCGUCUAGUUUCUAUGGCACCUCACCAAUCGACUACUCUCGCUCUCCGCCGCGUUCCACCCGUGGCAGCACGCAUAGCAGCAUACCCGCGCCCCGAUCCGCCAGCCGGAGCAGCAGUGUGGCCAGCGGGCGAUCGUACCGGACGGGCGGCUCGUCACAUACCGGUCCCAGCGCGCCUAGUUUCCUCGCCAUGACGACUCCCCCAACGCCAGUCGAAGGACGCAACGAAGCAGGCCUCGGCAUUGACUUGCUUCGGCCGUCCUCCAGUGGCGGGUUCACCAACUCCAACCACCGGCGUGCCCUCCGGAACAUUGGCGGAGCAGACAGCCGGCCGUCCACCAGCGCAGGAAGUAUUGAAUCAGGAGACCGCCGAAGAAGCGGCGCAACCACUCUUAGAGACAGACUCAGUGCCUUCACAGGCAGGAAGCGUGAAAGCAGUGGCUUACAAGACGAAAGUAACGAUGUGGCUGGCGAUGAUGAAAGUACAAAAGAUGGGAAGACGCCGCGCGGAAAGCGGUUAAGCUGGGCACAGGGGCGGACCAAAACGGGUUGA